UCUUCUCCCCCCGUGCCGUCCCCCGCGGGCCGGGCCGGGCCGGGCCGGGCGGGGCCGGGCGGAGUCUCUCCCCCCUCGGCGGGCUCCUUUCUCUCCCGGCGGGAUCCGCCGCUGCCACCGCUGCUCGCAGGAGCUGCCGCAGGAGCCGCCGCAGGAGCGGGAGCCGGAGCCCGGCAGCGCCGCAGGAUGGGCCUCCCUCACCUCACGAGUCCCACCGACCUCCCCAAGCACAUUCUGGAUAUCUGGGUCAUCGUGUUGAUCAUCCUGGCCACCAUCCUCAUCAUGACAGCGCUGCUGCUGUGCCCGGCCAUGGCCGUCAUCAUCUACCGAGUGCGGACACACCCCACGCGCAACGGCAUCGUGUGAGCCACGGGCACGGGGGCACGGCCAGCUUGCUGGGCUGGGGCUACAGCCAUGGCACCCUGUGCCAGGCACCCUGAGAGCUGGAGCCUGGCCAGGAGCUGGGGUGGGCCAGCCCAGACCCGCUCCUGCAGCUGGCUCGUGCUGGGUACCCACUGCUCAUCUUCCCACUGAGCUCACGGGGACUGUGGGGGAAAUGCCAGCGUGGGCAGCAGUGGGGAGAGGCGUGACUUUGUGGACACGUCCAGCUGGAAAUAUCUCACUCCAUGAGGGAGGUAGGCUGGUCUCACCUUCGCUGGUGACACUGUCUCCUCCCAGGCAAGCAGCAAGGAGUGGAAAUACCUGACGAAGUUAUUUCUCCUUUGGAGUCCCAGCUGUCAAGGUGGCUGGGGAAAAAAGAGUCAAAGCAAGAUAGAUGUGGCUUCUGGUUGUGCAUUUAGUGCUUGGCUAAAAGCAUCAGUGACAGAGCUUGUGCUGGCUGCACAGCAGACGUGCAGCUGGCACCAGCUUCUCCUCCACUCAUUAUCUGCAGAAGUGGCAGGAAAAUCCUGCAGGACUCUUGGUUCCUCUGGGUGUUGUGGGGCAGAGGAGUGUGUGCAGUUCCUGCCAGCCCUCCUGUCUGCAUGCUGGUUGCACUCCUCACUCUCCUGAUAGUGAGAGCUCCCACUGUUUGCCCAGCACACCAGCCCUGCUGGGGAGUCUGUGUGUGCCUCACCUGGGCAGGCAAAGCAGGAGGAGCAGGUUUGUGCCCAGCCAGUGGCAAGGGAUCAUGUAAGCUCUUUUACUGCCCUUUGUUAUGAAAUAAAUGG